CGGCCUGGCUCGACGGGGGGACGCCCCCGGGCCCUAAUGCCCGCAGCGGCCUCGGCAGCGCUGCCUCGUGAGAGGACGUGGGGCAGCACUGACUCCCAGACCAUUCUCCCUGCUUUCCAGCAAUGGAUCCAAUGAUGGUGUAUUAGGUAAGAAGAAGAGACAAUGAAAGCCUUUUUAAAAAGUUCAGAUGGUGUUUUUAUGCUGAGAUCAAAAGUAACUACUAUAGGAAGACAUGAAGAUUCAGAUCUUGUUCUGAAGUCUGUAGGUAUUGAAGAUCACCAUGCAGUCAUUGAAUUCAGCAAUUCAGAAAACAGCUUUGUUCUUCAAGAUUUCAACUCUCUUCAUGGCACUUUUGUUAAUGAUUGCCAUAUACAGAAUGCAGCAGUGAAAGUGGGUGCAGGGGAUAUUCUGCGCUUUGGUUCAGGAGGAACAUCCUAUGAGCUAGUGAUAGAAAACACUUCUCAGCAGACGUCUUGCCCACCAAUGAAACGUCACACAGCAUGGCCCGGGCAGCUCCAGUUAAUUUCAGAGACAAAACUUUAUACCCCUUCAACAACUCCUCCUCAGCUUCCUUUCCUCCAGUCCCAGCACCCAUCCAGUGUUCACAACAGUUGGAUGCAUGGAACAAAUGGAACUACACCCCAUCCACCAAACAGAAGACGACCUAUGAGUGCUUGGGGGAGAAGUAUGACUUCUUCUUUCUCUCCAGAUACUUUCAGUAGGCCUACUGCAGUCAGACAAGGAAAUGGACAAUCUGGAGCAAGUGGAGUUCCAUUAUCGGGAAGUCAUCAUAUGGAUUUACUUCUUCAGGAAAAGGAUGAAAUAAUUCUGAAAAUGAAAGAUGAAAUCAGUCAUCUCUUGCGUUUUGAAAGUGAGUCAAAACAUAAAGAUACAGUGAUAGCCAAUCUUCAGGAUGAAAUUGCAGUGAUGACAAAGAAGAUGGCUCAGGCUGCUAGGAAUGAUGUCGAAUUUACUCAAAAACUACUGACCUUUGAGCGAGAUAUUGAAGCAAAGACGGAAGAGAUUAAAGCCUUGAAAGAGCAGAUCAGCAAUCUGCAGAGAGAUUCGAGCCAAGUCUUGUGCCAUUCCCUCUCUGAAAGAGACCUAGAAAUUGCAAACUUGAAAAAAGAGGGUGAGAAGUUAAGGAGGAACCAAGCUCUAACUACAGGACUGGUGACCAGUUUGCAAAGAGAUAUUUCAGCAAAGGAGCAGAGAAUACUGCAACUAAAACUGAAUGCAGAUAAACUAAAGAAGGAAAACAGGGAGAAGGAUAAUCAGCUUGCAGUCAUUUCUGCCAAGUGUUCUAGAAUUAAAGAGGAAAUGAAGCAUGAAUUCAGAGAGAGAGAAGUAAUUACAUACCAAAAUCGCAUUGGAGAGCUGGAGCUGCAAGUGAAGGGGCUGCAGGGAGAAAUGCAGAAAAACUGCACCGAACAGGAAAUCAUAACAAGUAGGCUUGCAGAAAAAAUAAAGGCUGAAAAGGAACUGAAAAAAGAAUGUGAAAGGAAAUGUCUGCAGUUACAAGAGAUGGGGCGCAGAGAAGGCCUCAUUAAAGCUGACUUGGAACAGGCAAAAGCUCAGCUGGAGUGUUUCAAAAGGCAAAUGAUUGAAAUCUUCUAUUCACAAGAAGCGGAAAUUCCAGAGACUGUAACAGAUCAACAGUUAAUGGAAAAGAUAAGACAGAUCACUGAUGAAAAUCUGCAGAUACAUGAAGAGAAGUUAUUACAGGAGGAAAUAAUUUCCAAGGACUCUGAAGAGAAGGAAGUAUCUGAAACUGUUGAGGUGUUGAAGAAAUCAUUGGAUGAAUUCCAGGCUUUCUUAAAGACCUCCUAUUGUAGCAGUAGCUUGAAAAGAGAGAUUUGUAACCUUCAAGAUCUGUGCAUUGACCCCUCUGUCUUGUGGAUCCACACACUGGUAGUUGAAAUUCUAAGUAGUUUACUCUCAUGGGUAGAAGCAGUGGAGCAGCUCCUUCAGGAUGUGGGCAUUGACAUGUCUUGCUCUGACAAAGGAAUGGCCUCAUACAUGAAGAGUCUGCUGGAGAAUAAUCAUGAAACCGUGAACAGAAUUGAAACAUUGCAGGCCCAAUUAGACAAAUUACAGGAAUCCCAGAAUUCUCUGCUACACGAAAAGCUGAAUGAGCUACAAGUGGAACAUGAGAAAGAAUUACAGGACAAGAUAAAACUAAUACUUUUAGAAAAAGAGAAAGAAAAUAGAAAGAUUCUGGACAGUGCUGUUGCCCAGGAAAAAGACAAAUUAAAGUUAUCUGUGGAGGAAGAAAAGAUAAAGGUCCAACAUUUGGAAGAUCAGUGGAGACAUAUGACUGAGAUAAUUGAACUUAAAAUGAAAGAAGAAGAAAUUGUAAAUGCCAAACUGAGAGAAGCAGUGGACAGCUUAGAAGAGGCUAGAAAGAGAGAGACCAUGUUGCAAGAGCACCUGUUGAUGCAGGGCAAACAUCUAACACUCAUUCAGGAUGAGAAUGAGUCACUGAAGCAGAAACUUCAGAAAGAGAUAAUGGAAUAUAAAGAACAAAUCAAGCAACAUUCAGAGACAAUUGUGGCUUUAGAAGACAGACUAAUGGAAGCCACAGAGCAUCAGAAGACUCUAGAGGAGGAAAAUGUAGCUUUGCGGGGAAAAAUAGAAAUAUUUCAGAAAGAGCCUCAGAAGUCAGCAUCGUCUGUUUCACAAGAGCUUUCUGACAAUGAAGAGGCCCAUGUUCUUCUGAUAGGAGAAUUAGCAGCUGCUCGGAAGGAAAUCCAGUCCAAGCAGGCUAUCAUUUUGGGAUUAAAGAAAGACCUCUCAGAAGCCAAAGCCAGAAUGUCGGACAUGAUAGGAGAACUCAAUGAGAAACAAAAGAUGGAACUGGAGCGGAACCUAAUUCUUGUUAGAAGCCAAGAGAGUGAACUGAACAUGCUUAGAGAGAAGCUAUUUGCGAUGUCAGACCUUGUGGACAAGAAGGAUAAAGAUCUGAGAACUUCAGCUGAAGAAUUAAGGCAUACGAAAGAAAAACUGAAAAAGCUGAAGCAUGCAGCAAAAGAAAAGGAGAGUGAAUUUGAAAAGCUACCACAAACAGAUGUGCAAGCCAGUAAUACCACAAAGGAUGAAGUCCCCAACACCAAAAAGAAGCAGACUUUGGACUUGGCGGACCUAGGAGCUAAAUGUAAAGGCCUCAGACAUGAGGAGAUAAUUCAGCGUCAAAAAGAUGCACUGACUGAGCUCCGAGACAGAAUCAAGACGCUGGAAAAGUCUCAGCCUUUAACUAUUAACGAGAAGGUUCCUGAGCCACUUAUAGUGCUAAAGAAAGACCUAUAUGAGAAAAUAGCUCAGAAAAUAGGCUUAGAAAAGGAACACGUGCCAUCAUCAAUAAAAAAAAUGGAGGCCAAGCUUCCAAGCCAUUUUCCCAAUACAUAUUCAAAUGUAGCCUUAGAGAGGACAGCAAAGCUGGAAAUGUCUGAUGCUUUAGACCUCAGCGAGAAGAUGUACCUCAACUUAAUUCAUGCUCUUGGAAGUCUGAUGAAUGUGAAGGAGCUGACAGGAGUGCAGUCUGUUAAGCAUCUUUCUCAGGAUGAGAGGGAAAAAGUGAGAAUGCAGCGACAGAAGGACCUUGAGCUGCUGUACGAUAAGAUCAGCAAACUCAAGAGUCGGCUAGAAAGGAAAGAAGAACUACUGAAAGAGUAUGAGUCAGACAUUGGACAACUCAGGGCAAAUAAGGUAUCUUUGCAAGCGUACCAGGCCGAGAUGACUAAACUGGAAGAUGAAGUCUAUAGAGAAGCAGAAGAGAAUGCUCUGCUAAAAGAGGCUCUAGAGAGGACACAGUUCCAGCUGAAUCAGGAGAAAAGAUUGAACAGAGCUGUUAAACUGCAUAAGCCUGGACCUAAAACAAAAUCAUUCCCCGAAAAGCUGAAGACAACAGACCAUGUGAUAGAAGCAUUUAAGAGGAGAGCACAUAUUAAUGCCACCUCAUAGGCAUUUCUCUUGCAAAAUCCUGUGGUAGGAAUUUGCCACGUAAUUAAUACUAUUUGGGUUAGACCUGUUAUUAAUUGUAUUGUUUUGAUGAGAAUCCAUUUAGCCCUUGUGUAAAUACAUGAGAUGCUGCAGUAUAUCUUGAAUUACAUAGGACUUGUUUUUCCUUAAGUAUGUUGCUUAUGUACCAUAUUAUAUUUUUGAUUAUUAGAAGUUUAAGAAAAAUGGUCAUUUUAAUACAAACUGAUAUAUAUACAUUCAGAAGUGUA